GUCAAGAAACGUCAUUUAUCACGUGAUUCUACACGGAAGUAAACGACAUUCUUCCAGGGCUACCUUCAGUAAAUCGUAAAGACGGUACAGCUUGUAGAGCGAUCCACCUAUAAGAAGUCGACAUGGGUGCAUCAGAAGAAGAGGAGUCUUGUAUUGUUCUCGACCAAAAGCUGCUCCGUUUCAUGGACCAGCUCGAGUUACUGGAGGAGAAACGAGCCACUUUAAACUCUCUUAUUGAGCAGGGGUGGUUUUCCAUGAGCCAGGCAAGAUAUUCCAUGGGAAACAAGCAAGUCUCUUCCCUUCAAUAUGCAAGUAACAUGGAGCCACUUGUCUGUGUACAUCCUAGAAUUCUGGAUGGUGGUGAGGUGGAAUUCUGCACCAAAAGAACUACACAAAAGAGUGAAAAAGAAUCGAGUGAUCUGAAAACUGUGGAGGAUAUAGGACCUCUUGAAGAAGGUGUCAGAAGAAGAAAUAAGUCAAAAAAGGAUAUUUCUGGACAAAAAGAAAGUGAGGACACAAGUGCUGAGAAAGUCUAUGGGGAGAAUAUAGUGAGGACAAGAGAGCAGAGUCCUCAGCAAGAUCCACUGAAAUGGUUUGGGAUUCUGGUGCCACAAUCUCUGAAACAAGCACAGUCGUCAUUCAAACAAGUAAUAGAGCUUUCUGCUGAGAUCGCAGCGCUCCAGGUGUCAGUUCUGAACAUCCGCGAAGAGCUGAAGCACUCUUCUGGAAAAGACGGUAAACGGAGUGAUUCUAUGGCAUCAGCGAAGGAGGGAACAAAAGACCCCACGGCAACCGAGUGUCAGUAGUCCAUCAAUGAACUCUGCAGUGAGCCCGUGUUACUGGAAGUAAAAGGGAGAACCGCAGAUGUUGCUGCAUUAUUUAUUGAUUAAAAUUUUAUAUUCAAUCUCAUCUUGUACUUUUUUUAUUCCUAACAGCUUGGUUAGCUUGUUUGUGCUUGAGGAUUUUCUUUCCCUUAGAUAAUUGUGUAGGAGAUUGUAACUGAACAAAUGUUAAAUGUUCAGUUCUUCUUGAAAGUGUCAUCUUUACUUUAAUAAGGGAUUUAGAAGUGGACCCUUUUGUCAAACCUCUACUUAACGUUUGCCAUGACGUCAAUGCUCCUAUUAUUAAAUUACAUUCAUGUCUUAGAUCUGUGAAUCUGUCAGUGUUGUAGAAGAGGAGAUGGUUUGACCUUGGGUCAUGAUUAAGUUAAUGAUUUUCAAAGCUCGAUUUUGUACUAUGUAGUUUUGUGUCAUUUGUAGAAAGGCUCUUUUAAAUGAUAAAAAGCGAAUGAUUUAACA